AUGGCGACACUAAGGCCAGAAGUCCUGCAGGCUGAACUCAAAAUACCAACCAACAACAACCAGCAUGAGAACCACUUCGGGCUCACCUCGCCGUGGGAACACUACUACCAUCCUCGCGACACUGCUCCUCAGGGUCGAUUUGAAUGUGAGAUGGACGAGAUGGUCGUUUUUGGUGAUCUUCCUAGGGAGAUCAGCGGUACCUGGUAUCGGAUACUCGUCGAUCCUCACUUUUGCCCGCAGGUGGGAAUCCCCUUCGUCGACGGGGAUGGGCAUGUCUGCGCCUUCCGUAUCCAGGACGGCAAGAUCUCUAUGAAAAUCAAAUAUAUCCACACUGAGAGAUGGCUGUUGGAGCGAAAAGCUGGUCGUCGCCUCUUUGGUCGUUACAGAAACCCCUACGACAUUCACCCGUCUGUGCGAUUUGCGAAUGACAGCACCGGAAAUACCAAUAUUAUCUACUGGGGCGGCAAUGUCCUCGCGUUGGCUGAGAGGGGAUUACCGUACGCCCUAGAUCCGGACACCCUUGAAACAAGGUGUGCGGAUCCAUAUGGUGGUCAGGUAGCUGCGAUGACCUUUGCGGCCCAUCCCAAAGUCGAUCCCCACAAGAAUGAGCUGGUAACUUGGAGCUAUUCAGCCAAGGGUCUAAGCACUCCGGACAUUUGCACCUACUCGGUUGAUCCCACUGGGCGGAUCUUUAAUGAACACUGGUUCAAGCAGGAUAAGCCUGGGUGGCCACACGAUGGCUGGAUCACUGAAAAUUGGAUCAUCCUUUCCAACAUGCCAUUCGGCGUCAACACGGAUGAAGUGAUGAAGGCUGGGGGUGACUACUGGAGCUUUAUUCCUGAUCAACUCUCGGAAUUCCUGGUCACUCCACGCAAUGCAAGCUCUCCGAAUCACCCAGACUGGAAGCCUGGCGAGUUCCGAAAGUAUACCGCCCCUCACGGCCUGAUCAUCCACAGCGGCAACGCAUGGGAAGAAGAAGGUGGCUUCUUGAAGCUUGAAAGCCACUUCGUCAGCUUCAACGUCUUUGACUUUUUCAACCCAAAGGACUACGAUGGCCCCAAAGGCAAGCCUAGUGGCGAUUGGAAACGCUGGACUAUGGAUCUUUCCAACCCUGAUGGAUCUGCCUUACCGCCACCUGAGACACUGUUAGAGGGGAUCUUUGAUUUUCCCAUUUUCGACGAGCGGAAGACGGGCUACAAGUCUAAGAUCGUGUAUCUGACAGGUAUGAUAGCUCCAGAACAAAGGGAUAGACCCCGCUUCAACGCAAUCAUAAAGUUGAACACGGAGACGGGCGAGAAAUCAAUAUUCCACGCUGCCACCGACGGUAGUGUUGCAGAGCCUGCAUACAUCCCUCGGGGACCUGCCUGUGAAGAAGGCGAUGGCUGGGUCAUAUUCUAUAUGGAGAGGGACUCGUCCCCAAAGGGGGAAUUGAUCAUACUUGACUCCAAUGACUUCUCAAAGCCGGUCUCCAUUGCGCAAUUGCCUUUCCAAACACGCAAUCAGGUGCAUGGAAAUUGGGUUCCAAACCCCCACCCUGAGACUCCUCUGCCAAUGUUGACGGGUCAUAUUGAAGAUGUCGUGCCCAGCACCAAGUACUCACAACUGAAUAGGCUUCAAUAG